AUGAAGAACUCAACGAGUACAGAGGUGCCAGUUGCCAGACGUGCUGAUUCCUGGGAUCUUCAUCAGAAGAGAUCAAAACGCAAGCGCUAUAAGAACAAAAAGGAUAGACAGAACUAUGAAACUUACGAACCCGCUGUCAAGGAUUGGGAGUCAACAUUCGUAGAGAUGCCAAAAGACCUGUACCAGGCGCAUCUCAGACCUGGAGUGAUAUUCAGGAUACAUAUGGCCGAGGCUAUACUUAAAAUGCAAUAUAGAAAUUACGGUGAAGACAAGGACGAAUCUGUGAUAGAGGCUGACGUGGAAUACCUUCGUCUGACGAGGAAGGUGAUCAACGAUGAGAUCACCAAGUUCGAGGACCUGAAAUGGCUGGUGGGCUGGUUCAGUAACCGUAGCGAUCUCAUACAGGAGCAUAUGUGUAACACAAGAUAUUACACUGUCGGCAUUCCGCCGACAAUGUUCACACAUCCGGAGGAAUACAUGAAGCGAGCGUGUCUGUUUGAUAACGUGUAUUUAGACCACAUCCCCUACGUGGUAGGGGAAGAUGGGUCGCUGAUGGCUGCUGUGGCACCCCCCGUGCUGCACUGUGACGCGGCUACCUGUACUUCUGUACCGUUCAUUGAUAGCAUGAUGUUCGAGGAGAAGCUGGCACGAAGCAAUGUGCGUACAGUGACGCGCUGUCAGGCGAGCUGCCGAGCGCAUUGCCGCAACGACGCGGACUGUCUCAAACGUUGCAGCGACAGAUGCUUCCGAGCUGACUAAA